AUGCUGAGUCCACCUUCACGACUCGGCACGUCCCCUGGAUCUACAGGUAUCAAACGAUCACGAUCACCCGAUGAGUCCGCAUCUAUCCCUUUGCAUCCUCCUGCCAGUCAUCGCGAGAAUAAACCCGCUCCCGCAAUGAGCACUACCAGCGUGCCUGCCUCGUCCUUUCGCAACGUUUCCGCCUGUAAUCGCUGUCGCUUGCGCAAAAACAGAUGCGAUCAACGUCUGCCUCGGUGUCAGACAUGCGAAAAAGCGGAUGCGAAAUGCGUGGGGUUCGACCCGAUUACGAAACGUGAAAUACCUCGCAGUUAUGUUUUCUUUCUGGAAGCGCGUGUGACGUAUCUUGAGAGAUUGCUGCUUAAGAAUGGCAUCGAAUUCAAGCCGUCUUCUGCAUUUGACGGAGAGAUGGAAGUGCGCGGCACAACCCAGGUUUCCGAAGAUACAGAGACUACUGCCUUAAAGGACCGCAAAAAGGAACUUAAAAAGAAUGAGAGACCGCUGGAAGAAAAGAAGGAUAGUAAACAGCGCGAUCCAGCCAACAAGAGCCAUGAUCCGGAUUCUAAAGAGCACUUGGAUCAGCUAGUGUCAAAUAUCGGAAUGGUCUCCGUUCAGGCCAUGUCGGAUUCGCGUUAUCUCGGCUCUACGUCUGGUAUUUCCUUUGCAAGACUUGUUUUUGCCGCCGUCAAAAGCUCGGUGAAUACGAGCGGUUCUGAGCCUGGCUCUGCUCGGCUGACCGAGCGCAAGUUGUCAAAUAGCACCGGCAGUACGAUACGAGAAACUUUCUUCGGUCUUCAAUCACGUCCUUUGAUGAAACAAGCUGCUUUCCCUGAUCGCGAACUCGCCGACAGACUUGUUAGUUUGUAUUUUGAGCAUGCGAACCCUCAGAUGCCCAUCCUACAUCGCGGCGACUUUUUGGAGCUAGUAAGUAGAGUGUACGAAACGGAGGAAUCUGCAAGAUCACCACGUGAUUUGUACUUGUUGAAUAUCGUCUUUGCCAUCGGUGCUGGCAUCAUUUUCGAAGGAAGAAGAAAGUCAUCGGAUGAUGAAGACGAAGAAUCGUCCCCGUCACACACAGCUAAGAAACAGAAACUUUCCGGUGUUCAAUUUCAACCGGAAGAAUACCAUGCGGCUGCAGUGGUACAUUGGGAGGCUUUCUUGAGCGCUUCACCCAUGUCUGAGUCUUCUGGAGGAGGUCUUGAUGAGCUGCAAGCAUAUCUUUUACUGGCCAGUUUUGCGCUGUUGAGACCGGUUGCUCCAGGGCUUUGGUAUAUUGUGGGUGUUGCUGUUCGUCUUGCAAUUGAUCUUGGUCUCCAUCAUGAAGAUGGUACUGGCAUAGACUCGAUUGGAGAGGAAGAAUCCUUACCCGCAAAUCAACCAGCUCAUCCAGAACGGGGCCGGCUUCAAUACAUUCGAGAUCAUCGUAGGCGACUUUGGUGGUGUGUUUAUAGCUUCGAUCGACUUGUCAGCACUUGCGUCGGUCGUCCUUUUGGAAUAACCGAUCAAGUCAUAACCACCGAAUUUCAUUCUCUUCUCGAUGACCGCUAUAUUACAAAAUCUGGGUUCCGACCCCCAAAAGGUGAUGCACCGAGCUACAAACGAGUCUCAUAUCACUAUUUGAAGCUACGACUUUUGCAAUCAGAGAUUCAACAAGUCCUACAAUAUCAACAAGCACGCUUUGUGCGACGGUCUGGCAAAAAUAGUUCGAAUCAUUCCAUGCAUACGAAACUCCAGUCCCCUUUCCUUGAACGAUUUGACUCAUUCCGUUCAUGGCGCCGGGAUGUCCAUCGCCGCUUAUUGGACUGGAAGGAUUCGUCACCAACGAAGCAAGAGACUGGAGUCCAAUUUUCCAUUGAACUGUUCGAAUUGAAUUACUACCAAGCUUUGAUCAUGCUAUACAGACAGACGCUCACCGUACCUGCGGCGUUGGCAGGGGAUCUUCAUCCUACCGAGGAUGUUUCCAGUCCACCUUCUUUUGAUCUUGAUGAUCGAGAAGAUGAGGACGAUAUUUAUCUUCAGAUUGCUGAAGCUGGUCAGAAAGUGAUCAAGAUUUAUCGCCAAUUACAUCGGGUCAGAUUGGUGAAUUACACAUAUAUGACGACGCAUCAUCUCUUCAUGGCCGGUAUAUCAUUCCUUUUCGCAAUUUGGCACUCACCUGUUGUGCGCAGUCGUCUGACUUUGGAUGACGUUGACUUCACUGUUCUUGCUGCAACAUCCAUAUUCAGCGAUCUGAUGGAAGUCUGCCCGCCCGCAGAGACAUGCCGAGAUGCAUUUGAACGAAUGAGCAGAGCUACAGUCCGCAUGGGUUCAAAGGGCUUUGCAUCACAAACUGUGGGUGGCGGUUCUCUUACGGCAUCUGCCAAGUCGCUUUCCUCGACGACCAACCCCAAUCGGGCUGCACCACAGAGUGUACAGUUAGCACCCGUACAGCGAGCUCAACGGCCCACCCGACGGCCUACCUUCGACAUGGAUCUUAGCGAUCUGUAUCAAAGCCCCCCCGGCCAACAGGUUCAGCUCAAUCCUCCUCCUAGGCAACGGUCCUACCAGCCUACACAAUCCGAACAAUAUCAAUCGCACCCUGGAUAUCCUCAGGCAUAUCCUGGAUAUGACCAGAGUGCUCAACAGCAGCAGCAAUUCUAUAUGGAGCAAUCACCCCAAAGUGCCGGAUCAGCAGCACCACCUGCUUUCACACCGCCCACACACACGGAGCAGCAACAACAUAGUUUAACAGACCUGAGCCUGGACUUUCUCGACUUCGCCACCAAUCCCACCAACAUGAACCAAGACGCCGACAUGAAUAAUCCAGACGGCAGCAAUGCACCAUCAUUGAGCCAGUUUACAGGAGCCUUCAAUUUGAAUGAUCUGCAAGGCACAGGCAUCAAUCUCGGAGGAUUUGGAAUGGAGGCUGACUAUCUACGUGAUUUGACCACUGAUGGUUCUGGGUAUGAUCUGAUGGAUGGGUAUUGGUUUGGAAUGUCUGGAGGUGGGAAUUCUGGAAUAUAG